AUGUACGGGUCAGACGGGGAAGGGGAUGCGAGGCGCGAGGAGGAAGGGGACGUUCUUUAUGCAGAAGGUGAUAUUGGGGGCUGGACAGGAGGAGACGAGUUUUGCUCGUCUGAAGAUGAAGGGGGAGGUGAUCCGCUGGACGAGCCUUUGGCCGAAUAUGCGUUGCACGAGGAGCCGGUUUAUUGCUUGUCUUUUAUUCCGGAGCCGCGAUCGACCGAUGGUUCGUGGCCGCGGUUUGUGUCUGGCGGCGGGGACGAAGUUGGAUACGUUUUUAAGGCGGGCGAUGCUGAGGACGCGUAUUGUUUGAGAGGUCACACGGAUUCGGUUGUUUCAGUGUCGUUUGGAGAUGAUCCGCACUUGUGUGCGUCAGCGAGCAUGGAUGGUACAUUGAGGGUUUGGAAUGUAGAAACAGAAGAGCUGGUGAAGGUAUUGGACGGUCCGACGGAGAGCAUCGAGUGCGUGAGCUGGUGGAAAUCGACGAUAGCAGCUGGAUCAGGUAGUGGCGACGCUUGGAUGUGGGACGUUUCUCCGUCUGCGGAUGUUUCUUUUUUGCAAAUUUUUUCAGGGCAUUCGAAGGGCGUCAACGACAUCGCGUUCACGCCCGACGGAGCGGCGCUGGUGACGGCGGGAGCCGACGGCGUCUUGAAGUCCUGGAGGCCGGAGACCGGUCAAUGUUUGAACACCAUUGCGAGCAACGAGCAUUUUCACACCGCAGAACUCACGUCUCUCCGAAUCAGUUCGGACGGGACCCUGGCCCUCACCGGAGGGGUGGGCCAUAAGGCGUGCUUGUCCAACCUGCGAACUGGGAGGCCGAAGGCGGAGUUUUUGGGUCACACCGACAGCGUGGAAAAAGUGGAGUUUGUACCAGAUUUUCCGUGGAUUUUGACAGCCGGCUUAGACGGGAAAAUUGGCGUUUGGGAUUUGAACACGGGUGGAAUUCGUCAAUUCAUCGACAACUCGGGGAACGGGAUUACGGGUGGCAUCAAAUUGGUGAAUCAAGUGGUGUUUGCAGCCGACAUGGCUGGAUAUUUGGCCGUGUGGGACGUUCGGUCGGCACGUCAAAUUUGGAAGCUUCGCGCCCACAGAGGGCCUAUACACGCAUUUGAUCUCCACGUAGGCCGCCAGCUCGCGCUGACGGGGUCCGAGGAUUGCCUGAUUAAGCUGUUCAAGACGCCGCCGCUGGGCCCUACUUGA